UUUUAAAUCCCUUGACACGGUUAUAAAUAUUCACAGAUUUCGGAAUUCUGUUCGGCUCUGUGGCUUUAGGAGAUGGAGGAAGGCAGAUGGGGCGAAGAAAGGCCUUUCGAACAGGACACAACGAAGACUUCAUAGUGCGAAGGAAGGUACGAUAGUGAAAGUGCGUGUGGUCUGUUCGAGUAAAUGCUUUAAAAAUUGAAAGCCCAAUGGAAAGCCGACACAAACUGCCCAAUGUGGAAGAUUCGCCAAUCGCCCAACAAGCCAAGGAUUUAGCCAAAGAUUUUAUAUCUUACAGACUUGGAGAGAACCCAAUUCCCGUAUCGCCUACUGCUUCUACUCUACGCAAACUAGCCGAUCAAAUCGAAGAGCAAUAUCCUUUACUAUUGAACCAUUUGUGCCACAAAUUAAACAUAACUCCAGCAACUGUCUAUCAAACGUUUUUUGAAAUCGCCAGUGAGGUAUUUGUAGAUGGAAUAAACUGGGGAAGAAUUGUAGCCUUGUAUGCCUUUGGAGGAAAGCUGGCUGUGUAUUGCGAUCAACACCAUAUGAAAGAUCUUGUUGGAUCAGUAACUGACUGGGUCGGAAGAUAUGUUGGCGGCCUUUGUGAAUGGAUCGAAAACCAUGGUGGAUGGGAAGACCUCGAUAGACAAUUUAAUGACAAAGGCCAAGAUGGAGCCUGGUGGAAAGGUGUCUUUCUCACUACACUGGGACUUGGCACAUUAGCAGCUUUCAUGUACAGCAGAUGAAUCAUCCAGCUUCAAAAUGUGUGUAAUGUGUUUGUGUGAGUUUACAUAUUAACUUAAUUUCCGCGUGUCUUUCAUGAUCUAUUGAAUCAGCUGGGUUAUUUUCAUUCAUUCAUUUUGUAAGGUUAAUUUCCUGUUCUUUAAAAUAUUUGCUGUCUGGCAGCUGACUAAAUUGGUUUAUUCAGUUGCAGCACAUUGAAACAUCAUUUUAAAUGAGAUUUUUAUCUUAAGAAUAUUUAGGUAAACAAUAUUCUCACCGGAAAAUUAUGAUAUAAACUAGUUUGAAAGAAAAAUCUUUUCAAAAUUUGUUGAGUCACUUGCAGGAGACUAAGAAAUCCAGUGAUGGGUUUCUGAAUUCCCUUUUGCUGUUUAAAUGAAUAACAACUUGGACAAGUCCAAGGUAUAAUACACUUGCCAACUUUUUACAAUGUCAAUGGGAUCUGACAAUCAGUUUUGUACUUCAAGAUGUCCACAGACCUCCAAGGUCUUUCCAAAAAAAUUUCACAAGACAAACCAGAGUUUUUUUCCUCCUGGCUAAUUGACCCUUUUUUUACCUCAUGUAAUUGUAGAAGAGGAGUCAAGCAAAGAAGUUCUAAUAUAUAUAUAUACAAUUAUCAGUUGAGUGAAGAGCAUGAAAUAUUUAGUGGCUGAUUUUGUAAUGGUGUUGUCAAGUGAAAGCCUGCCAAAAGAAGUUAGACAACACAUUGCCAUUGGAAACAGAGUCAGUUGCCUGUGACACCAACACAGUUUAAAUGUCAAAAUGCGGUUUCCAACUUUAAUCGCACCUCCCUCAGAUGAAAAUUGCAGUAGGUAUGAAGACCUGGUUCACAGGGCAUUAGCUGGUGUGAGAUCAAAGGUUUUUACACAAAGGGGUGAGAAUCACUCCCAAUGAAGUGAGAGUUAGCAAGUUAAGUACACCAAUUAAUUUUGUAUUAAUUAGGGAACAAGAAUCCAUGACAAUUGAAUAUAAACACUUUGUAGUCCAGGUGUGAACACAUACAGUCUAGCUGGACUUUGGCAUGUAUUUGUGUUUACAACUUAAAUUUUUAGACACAGUUUACCAUGCUCAAUUUAUAUCUUCUGUUUUUAAACUAGUGUCUAUAAACAAGGUGCUGCAUGUUAUCUUUAGCUCCAAAUUUGUUCAGAGAUUUUAUUAGCCCGCUUGACAAUGAAUUAGUUUGGCAAAUUGCAUAAGGUAUACCUGUCAACUGUAAAACUGAACUCAUCUGCCUCCUCCAUGUGGGACCUUGAUUCUCAUGUGCUAGCCACCAAUCUGUCACAUGACUUGUGUUCUUUGCACUUCUCUGCACCUUUAAACAGCAUUGUAACUUCAACAUUCAGGCCAAACUUGCAAUUGUUGUUUCACUCUGCUGGCAAUUACUACAAUUAUAAUGGAAUUUUAAAAGAAGACAAAAGGGAUCAUAUCAAUUGAAAUCUGUCAGUCACUAUUUAGGAGCAUGACAUUAUAGUAAAUCCUCUGAAACAUCACUGGUUGCUCAGGAGAUCUGCAACAUGGUUGACAGUAGCAGGGGUUUCAAUAAAAGUCAGUUACCUGCAGUCUACUGCCACUAGUAAGACCUCUUUCUGCUGUCUCUUUAGCCUGUGACCAGGCUCUCUUGUUUGGGUUUUGCCAUAUAGCCAUUGAUUAUGCCAUUGGCAGCCACUGAUGGAAUAGUCCUUAACACCCCCUGUGGUAUAGUCUAAAUCCAUAGUUUACAUGUCAUUGAAAAAAGUACAGUGAACAUCUACUUUUGUAGUUGUUAGAAUGAAGAUCUUUAGUAAUUUUUCAGUAUUUUUAAAAGGCAAGGCUAUAAGGAAAUCUCGAGAAUAAAAGAGAAAUUGAAUGUUGGCAGGUAUACUUUUGCUGUUGUCUUUGUUUCAAUCCAAGUCUUCACAUACACAGAAUAGUGUGUGUGAUUUUCAGUCAAUGUGAAGGCAGCUUAGUUUGUGAUGUAGAAUUUUAAUGCCAUAAAAGCUCCAUGUAAAAUUAUUAUUCCUUUAAUGCAUAUAAAAUUUAGAAGAGUAGCUAAAUGUCUAUGCUUAUUGCUUAGAUACCAUUAACAUCUCGUUUAAAUUUUAAAUCUCUCUUCAAUUUUUUUUUUAAUUCUCAGUCCCCUCUGUAGGUUAAGGCACUUUCUUUUUUUAUCUCUCAUUUUGUAACAAAGGUUAUUUAUGGUAAAGUGAGCAAUAUUUUAUUUAUACGUGUGAGAUUAACUUUGAUAAUUUGCAGAUUUUGAAUAGAUUGUUGACAAAUCAUGUAUUCAAGAUGCAUUAAAAUCUCGUCAAACAUGGAAAUUUACUAAUGAAAAUAGUUAGCAAUUUGAACUUCACUGAACAAUGACUAUUUAAAGAUGUUAAUUGUAGUAUAUAUAUUUAGCAAUUUCAUUCCAUGAGAUAGCAGUUUAAUAUAUAACACAUUUUAAAUAUAAAGACACUGAUUUAUCAUAUCUUUCCUUUUGGUAAUUGCCUGAUUAUCAGAUGGUCUGUGGGCACCUUUACCUUUCUCUUUGCCAAUCUCACUUCCCUUGAUGAGAUAUUUUCUCUCUUUUUGAAGGGUCCCUUUUCAGAAUGAACCCAGAACUCUCUUAGAUAAGUUUCUUAAGGGUUGCAAUCAAUUAGGCAACUUGAAGUGAGUAAAUCUGAUCAACCCUCCGUCCCAGACCAUCCAAAAAAUUAGAGUAAGGUUUCCAUUGUUCUUUUUGACAAUUUAGAUAUUAGUUAUGUGCAUUAUCAGCACAUGAAACUGUAGGCCUUUGGGCCAUUGACAUAUUGUAUCAGUAUUCUAUAUUUCUACUCCACCUAAAGUGGAUAUUUGUGAGGUAGUAUAAGUAUACUAUUGUAAAAUAUUUUUGUCACAACUGGCACGAUGAUGUAAAAUACCAGCACACUUUUUUGAUACAAAAUAAGUUAGAUAGAAAGGGACCUUGCACAACAACAAGUAUGACAGCCAAUAUGAUGAGAAUAAUUUGAAACAAAGAACUUGAUCAGAAAAACCAAUAGCUGUGCACAUGGCUAUGAAAUUCAGUUGGUUUCCUUGCUAUCUUCUGCAAGACAGCAAUGUGAUUGGCUCUUUGAUGUUUCAUUUAGAACUGGAGACCGUCAUGUCACAGUAAAAUGAUCAUCAGUUAGGUGCGGGUUUUGACUGUAAAAUGACUUGCAGUUGAUCACGGGCAAACUUUCCUCAAUUCCAGUGGUGAUUGCAUGAAUGCCCUGUGUGUCACCAACUAUCAAACAUGGAAGCCUAUCAAAAGAUCAAUUAAAUGGCAUGUUGCCACUGAAAAUGGGGCUUAAGUUGCCUUUGACAACAAGAUUUUGAUGUCAAAAGGUGGUCACUACUGUUAUUCCUCAGUGAACUUAAAAUCAUAGUAAUUCAAAGACAUAUCUGGCAGCAAUCUGAAAACUGAUUAAACCUAAAUUAUGGAGCUCCAAAAAAAAAAAAAAAGGUUUCUGAUUGGCAUUGUCCUUGAUGCAUUAGCUACCAUUGUGUAAUGUCCUUACUGAUGCAGCCAGGUAACAUAACCUUCGAACGGGUUGUUGUUGUUCUCAGUCUUUACUUAUCCAUGCACAAUGUAGGCAAUUAUACUUAAGAAAAAGGGUUUAAAAUGUAACCCAAGUAGAAGGAGGUAUUGUGAAUUGAGACCAAGUGUAGAAACCACAAAACUGAAAAGGAAAAUAAAUAUCUACUUUAUUUGAGUAA